CGGUAGAGAACUUGCGUUUAUUCGACGAACGAACCCGUCUUAAGAUAUCUGUUGGACAUCUGUUUGACUUUUAGUUUUUUUUUAUUCAAUGUGAAGUGAUUUUUUGAGCCAAAUUUAAUGCGCAUAUCUGACGUGAAAAGCUAGUUUCAUGCCGCACAUUGAAUCACACUGCGAAGAAUGCAGAGAGCUGGAACGCUGAUGCGUUGUGUGUCAGAACAAGUGAAUAAACGCAGUGAGAUCGUUAGGAAACUACGCAGAAAUAGUCUGUUGACUUCAAUCAAAAUCGUUCGCACUAAGAAGUAAACCGAUAUAACGAAGUAGUUUUGUACACCGUUUAGAUGUAGAACGAGUGUAAUUUACAAAACUCAAUCCCGAGGAAUUGCUUAAUCCAACAAGUGUUCAAUAGUUGCGCGUAAAUCUUAUUCGAAACCUAUCACCAGAUUGAAGUGUGUUCAGACCGAGUGACCAUAUUAAUGUUUAAUUAGAGAUCAGAAAAGGUUUUGGUAACAAUGCAUCUAAUCAUCAGCUGCAGCAUAGGAUUUCGGAAAAUUCUUCCACCUUUACUAUUAAUCAUCGCCCUGUUUGGAUUACCUGCAACCUUUGGUUAUCUGGAGGAGCGGCCGCCCGUCUAUCUGGAGGCCAAAGUGGGUUCCUACGUUAUCCUGAACUGCCCGGUAGAUUUUCCGAAGAACGAUCCUAUCCCGUACGUGUUACACUGGAACAAAGAUAACCGCCCGGUAUUUACGUUGUACGAUGGAAAAUUAAACCCCUAUGAAACAUUCAUCGGGCGCGUGACGCUACUCAACAACGACAUGGUGUACGGUAAAGCGUCUCUUAAUUUAACAUCAAUCCGCGAAAGCGAUAAUGGUUGGUACGAAUGCAAAGUUAUUUUUCCAAACCGGGUGCCGAACAAGCGAAACAACGGAACGUGGUUCCACAUUUCUGUGCUAGGCGGAACGCUGCUGAAGAUACCUCCCGUCAAUCAGACGGUAAUGGAGGGUGAUCCUGCAUUUUUCCAUUGUAUGGCCCAGAAUCCUGAAACGAUGUUUAUCGAGUGGUACAAGGAUAACGUUUCACUGUUGCAAAUGUACGAUCUUCUACACCGAUCGAAUUUUGGCCCAGACGGAAGCCUAACGAUUAACCCAACACAAAUGAGUGACUUAGGAUUCUUCAAGUGCGAAGUGCGCAAUACUAUGAACGAUACCCAAGACGCAACCGCUUUUCUCAAUGUGCAAUAUAAAGCUAAAGUUAUUUACGCUCCAAAAGAGGUUUACUUACCAUUUGGAGAACCUGCCGUACUAGACUGUCACUUCCGUUCGAACCCACCGUUGACUAAUCUACGAUGGGAGAAGGACGGUUUCUUGUUUGACCCAUACAACGUGCAGGGGGUAUUCUAUAAACGAAACGGAAGUAUUUAUUUCGAAAAAGUUGACGACUCACACGCCGGCCGGUAUUCGUGCACUCCGUACAACGAUCUCGGUACGGAUGGACCAUCGCCGAGCAUCAACGUAAUCGUGCAGAGGCCGCCCGUCAUCGUAAUGAAACCGAAGUUGCUCUACGUGACCAAAAUUGGUGGUACGGUCGAGAUGCAUUGUGAUGCGAAGGAUCGGGACGGGACGCAUACGCCUCCCAUUUCUUGGAUUAAGAAAGACGGAAGUCUAUUACCCCAUCCCCAUGGUCGUUACCAGCAGAAUGGAGGAAACCUCACGAUCGAAGAUAUCGUAGAGUCAGAUCGUGGAAUCUAUGCAUGUCAAGCAACGAAUGAAGCUGCAACUAUAUCAGCUGAUGCGGAAAUAAUGAUAGAAAACGUCUCACCAAGGGCUCCGUAUAACCUGACAGGAAAUAGCUCUGACACAGCCAUCACACUUCGAUGGGCUCCUGGCUACAUCCGUCAGUAUCUUGAGUACAUCAUCUGGUAUCGGUUAGCAGAGGCUCCGGAGUGGCGAACAUUCAAGGUGAGCAAUAAACACGUGCUAGAGGCUACGAUCACUAAUCUGCAACCGGCUAAAGAGUACGAGUUCAUGGUGUUGUGCCAGGAUAACUAUGGCGACGGAAUGUUCAGCAAGGCAUUUAGAUAUUUCACAAAGCCCAAGGAAUUUGAGCAACCGGAAACAUUCCAGGAUACACUUUUGCAGUUUAAUCAGAUUGGUUCUCCGAUCAAUUUAACGAUCGAAAAGCGAAACAAUAAUUACGAAGCACGUUGGCAACCUCCGGAACUGGGUCUGGAUCAGCUACGCUACUAUAUUCUCCGCUGGUGGAUAGAGCCUCAGCAUAAACUGCAUGGAAGUGUGUCUACUCCCGAUGUCACCUAUGUUCUUGAUGAUCUGGACGAAGAUGAGUUAUACACAUUCCAGGUGUUCGCUGUAUCCACCACCAACUACACCAGUGGAAGUAACGAAGUUGAAAUUUACAUGUACCCGUACCGAAGGGUAAAGGUCAUCACCGUUAGUGGAGUAUUGAUCCUGCUUGUCUGCCUGGCAGUGAUAAGCUCUCUGCUUUACAUGAAGCGCAACCGGAUCAAAAAACUACGUGAAGCAGAGAACGUAAAAAUAUGAGUGCUUGCAUUGGGUAACGGUUUGAACCGAUCAUAAAGAUUAUGCCAAAGAAAUUUUGUUGUUCAUAAAUUUUAGUGUUAGCGAAGUGUCUGAAUAAUAAAUUAAGCCUUAAGUAGUGUCUCGU